AGUAGUAAAGGUGACUUCCUGUGUGCAGGUGUGAGCAGCUGUCUGGUGAUGAUCCUCUUUGCCUCGGAGGUGAGUUUGAACCGCCUGUCGGACCGGAUCGUUAACUUUAACGAGGCGAGCUUCGUGUACCGGACGCACAGCGAGAGAUUUGGACGCUGCUUCUGGCUCUUCUUCCUCGUCUUCCUGCUGCACGCCGUCAACUUCCUGUUGAUCCGCCUGACGGGUGUGCAGUUCCCCUUCAGGGGCAAAGAGAGCGAGCUGAGCGGGGGGGCGGCCGACCUCAUGUACUGAUGGCGGGGGGGCGGCGACCUCAUGUACUGAUGGAGGGGGCGACCUCAUGUACUGAUGGAGGGGGUGACCUCAUGUACUGAUGGGGGGGAGGAGCCUAUUAGGGACAAAAGACUGAUGACAAGAAGACACAUCGGCCAUUUUUAACCCAUUUUGUGUCAGAUUGUGAUGCUAAUGCUAAUGCUAACAGACAGAGGUAGUGAAAUCUAAUCUGGUAGAAAAUAUGUUAUUUUAAACUCUUUCAAAAUUUAAAAUCUGUUUUAUCUGCAAUUUAUAAACUGUAUUAACUUGAAUAACAAUGAGUUUUGUAUUUAAUACAGAUGUAAUAUAUUUUAUUUAGCAUACUUUUCACUGUUUACUGUUUAGUAAACGUAAUGUUUUUUAUAUUAAA